AUGCAUAUUGACUUCGCAAACGCAAGCUUCAUCUGUCAGGUGCGUGUGUCCGCUUACUUAAAUAUAUGGGCUUCUUUCAGAUUGCAGGACUCAGUGAAGUAAGCCGACACAUGUUUAUCUACCACGACAUUCCAAUGCGAAUUUCCGUGAUCGUUCGUCGUUUCCGUCGCAGGCCCCAUCUGCGAAUUUAUUCCGGAAUUGUAUUUCCUCAAUACAUAUCCUGCUACGAUGAAUUUAACUACAGUCUCUGGUUGCCGGAGGAGGUCGAAAUAAAUCUGUUGUCGGUUUUGGGGAGUGCGCUGAUGUCCGGUUUUCCCGUCCAGUGUGUUAUUUAA